AUGUCUCAAUUAUCCGCAUACCGCCUACUCAGCUUCGAUGUCUACGGCACCCUGGUCGACUGGGAAGAAGGUAUCUGUGCCGCCCUCCAAGUGACACUAGAUCACUACGGCGUACAAUUUCCGCGAGACCGACUGCUUCACCUCUUCCAUGAACUCGAAUUGGAACAUGAGACCAAGUCCCCUGGCAUGCUAUACAGUGAAUUGCUGACCGCUGUGCAUCCGGACUUGAUCGAACAAUUGGGCUUGCCUUUACCCACCCCUGAAGAAAACAAGCGCUUUGGCGAAAGCGUGGCGCGUUGGCCGGUCUUUCCCGACACGUUAGACGCAUUGAAGCGGCUUUCCAAGCAUUACAAACUUGUAGUGGUUUCCAAUGUGGAUCAAAUUUCUUUCUCCAAAACCAACGCGGGAAGUCUGCAGGGCUUUCCAUUUGAUUUGGUGCUUACUGCACAAGAGAUUGGGUCAUAUAAACCGGAUUUACGCAAUUUCCAGUACCUGUUGAAAGCUGUGAAGGAGCGGCUGGGAGUCGAGUCGAAUCAAGUCCUGCACACCGCGCAGAGCCAAUUUCAUGACCACCAACCCGCACAAAAGGUGGGAAUUAAAUCAGUGUGGAUUGCGCGUUCGCGGGCGAUCAUGGGCAAUGUAGAUGAGCCCAUGUAUGACUGGCGAUUUGACACACUUGGGAGAAUGGCGGAUGCAGUGGAUGCGGGUGGGAUCUAG